AGAAGCGUUCACUUCCUCACACAGGAGCGCACAGCUUUUUGGAGAGAGUCAGUGGUGGUGUUGGGGGCGAGAAAAAAAAAAGAUACUAUACAGUCAGCGUUUUGGAGCACUUUUCAAAUGAGUUCUUCUAUCUCGUUAGAGAUAUUGGCACAGCUGACUGACCGUUUCGCGCCAGUUUAAGGAAUGUUUUAAGGACAAAUUGUCUCCAAGGGGCAAUCGGAGCUGGCAGUCUGAGCCCUUAUAAUGCGGAGAGAUCAAGUCUCAGUAGUUGGUCGGUAUGAACGCAGCGCAGACGGACCCUGAGAAACUGCUUUCAUGGAUUGACUGAUUGAUUCGCAUUUGAUUUUUUAUUUUUUUGCCCAAUACCAGAGGAUUUGUCUGUGUCGUGGUUAGUCUAUUAUUCAAAAAAACAAAACAAAAAUCGUGGAUUAUUGUUGGGAGUCGAGGGUUUUUGUCGGAGGUGCGUGGGUAACGAGGAUAUUGAUUUUUUUUAAUUAUUAUUAUUAUUAUUAUUUUUAACAAUUAGCCUACACCUGGGUCAAGGAUCCGAAGAGGGGAAUUAACCUUUAAUAAGGUGGAAAUAUCAGUCGUGUUGGACCCUAACUCAUCUCUCCAACAAUAUGAAGUCUGUCACUGUGUGGAUGUGCGUUUACAGCUUUCUCCUGCUCUUAGAUGAGGCAGCGAGUUCCUGGGAUGGUCCCUCAGCUGUGUCCGUGUCUUUGGCCACUGGGUCUCCAGGAUCUCAGGGCACCGGGUCUGGGCCCGGAGCACAGACAGAAUGGGUGGACUGCAUCCAGGCGAGUGACUGGUGCAACCAGAACCCUCAAUGCAGCUCUCGGUACCGGGUGAUGCGCCAGUGCCUUGUGGGCAAGGAGAAGGAAGCCAUGCUGGACAACAACAGGGAGUGCCAGGCUGCCUUGGAAGUGCUGCUGGUUAGUCCUCUGUAUGACUGCCGCUGCAGGAGGGGCAUGAAGAAGGAGCUGCAGUGUCUGCAGAACUACUGGACCAUCCACAUGGGGCUCACCGAAGGUGGUGACAUGGACGACUCAUCCCCGUAUGAACCUGUAGCACCAAACCGACACCCUGACGCAUUCCGCUUGGCCUCCAUCUCUUCAGGGAUGCUCACCGUGGCCCCAAAAGGUUUCCAGUGUCUCGACGCCGAGAAACACUGCAACCCCUGUCUUGAUGCGGCCAAAGCCUGCAACCUCAACAGCAGCUGCAAGAGGCAACGCUCCGCCUACAUCGCUACCUGCAGCAAGGAGGACCCCAACAAGGGUGAAGCGUGCAGCAAGAAGCGCUGCCACAAAGCGCUAAGGUUGUUCCUGGACCGUGUGCCCCCUGAGUUCAGCCACCGGCUGCUCUUCUGCCCCUGCCAGAGUGUGGGCUGCGCCGAACGACGCAGGCAGACAAUCGUGCCUGAUUGCUCCUAUAAAGAUAAGGAGAAACCCAACUGUCUGGAGCUAUGGAGGGUCUGCCGCCAGGACUCUCUCUGCAGGUCGAGGCUGGCUGAUUACAAGGUGAACUGCUGGGUGACUCCGCAGACAGUGAGCACCUGUCCCAACCAAGACAAUCAUCAAGCCUGCUUGGCCUCCUACGCAAGACUCAUCGGGACGGACAUGACUCCCAACUACGUCGACAGCAGCUUCUCCAACUGGACCAUCUCCCCGUGGUGCAGCUGCAAGGGCAGUGGAAACCAAGAAGAGGAAUGUCUAAACUUCCUGCGCUACUUUACGGAUAACACAUGCCUAAGAAACGCCAUUCAGGCCUUUGGUUACGGGAUAGACAACAUGCAGAACAAAAAUGUGUCCGUCCCUGGUCCCUCUGCGACGACCAAGAUGGGGACGGAUUGGCCGGCAGGCACCUCCGAACCUCCCUUUGUCUCCAUCCUAAAGCAUCCUGAACCAAGAGACGGUGGCCUGGGCAAAACCCGGGGCUUGCCAGAGGAUCACUCUGCCUGUCUGUGUGCCAACGUCUGGGCUCUGCUUCCCGGCCUGGCUUUGGCUCUGGUCCUGGCCCAGCAUGCCUUAUAGAAGCGCCAGGAAGAGAAAAAAGAGGUCAUCCACCCACAAGCUGAUCCCAAAAGCAGAAGGUGUUGUUUCUGAGACUGAUAUUAAGAAAAGGAGGCAUCUCUGGGCAGUUCACAUAACAGUAGAUGGCAUUUAUGAAAGAAAAAAAAAAGAAAAAAAAGGGAAAAAAAGAGGUGGAAAAUAUUGAAAUUUUACAAUUGUGAAUGUGUUGUUCAUUUGAUGUAUUGCUAGGGCAGAACAUGACUGUGAUGAAGCACGUCGCUUUACAAAGGACCCUUGGUAGGAGAGGCCACGAAGGCCGUUCUCUGGGAACGACCCCCCCCCCCUCAGACUGUGACACAAAAUCCCUGAAAGACUGAAGCUGAUUAUUUCAAAGACAUCUGCGCUUUUCUCACCAAAGGAGGGAGAGAGGGAAUGAACAACAUAAUUAAAAGAAGACAGGAUUGACAGAAAAGAAAUUGUUGCGGAGGGAAAAAGGGGUAGAGUGUGAGAGCGAAAGGAGAAUGAGAGAGAGAGAAAGACAGAGAGCGAGACAGAGAAAGAGACAUAUUUCUGUUAUGAGUCACACUUUUUUUUGUCUUGAAUUGGUUCUCGACUUAAUCUUCUCUUGGAUGAACAGACCACAA